AUGAAGGUCACAACUGAAUCCUCAAAUCUAGAGUUGGAUAACACAAAGUAUAUAGAAACAAAAUUUUGCCAGGUUAAAGACUAUGAUAAAUUCUUCGAUUUCUAUUCAAAUAUCAUUCAAAAUGAUUCAAGUCACACUGAAGAAGGGAAACCAUACAGAUAUAUGAUUGUGGAAAGUCCUAUAGGAAACUCUCAUACCUUAAUAUUCAUCACAGAAUCCACAUGGGAGAGAACCCAUACAAAUAUAAAGAAUGUGGAAAGUCCUUUAGCAAAAGUUCAUCCCUUCAUGGUCUACACAAAAUCCAUACUGGAGAUAAACGUUAUAAAUACGAUGAUUGUGGAAAGCACUUUAGUAGAGGCUCAUCUCUUCAUGUUCAUCAGAGAAUCCAUACUGGAGAGAAGCCUUUUAAAUGUGAUGACUGUGCAAAGUCCUUUAUACAGUCCUCCAUUCUUCAAUGUCAUAGGAGAAUCCAUACUGGGGAGAAACCUUACCAAUGUGAUGAAUGUGGAAAGUGCAUUAGGGAUGGCUCAUCUUUAUAUGUUCAUCACAGAAUUCAUACUGGAGAGAAACCAUAUAAAUGUGAUGAUUGUGGAAAGCACUUUACUAGGGGCUCAUCUCUUCAUGCUGAAGAGAAACCAUAUAAUUUUGAUGAUUGUGGAAAGUCCUUUGUUCAUUCCUCCCAUCUUCAAUGUCAUAGGAGAAUCCAUACUGGAGAGAAACCUUAUAAAUGUGAUAAAUGUGGGAAGUCCUUUGUCCAGUCCUCCAGUCUUCAAUGUCAUAGGAGAAUCCAUAGUGGGGAGAAACCUUACCAAUAUGAUGAAUGUAGAAAGUGCUUUAGGGAUGACUCAUCUCUUCAUGUUCAUCAGAAAAUCCAUGCUGGAGAGAAACCUUAUAAAUGUGAUGAAUGUGAGAAGUCAUUUGUCAUGUCCUCCAAUCUUCAAUGUCAUUGGAAAAUACAUACUGGAGAAAAACCUUAUAAAUGUGAUGAAUGUGGAAAAUGCUUUAGGCAUGUUUCAUCUCUUCAUGCUCAUCACAAAAUUCAUACUAGAGACAUACUAUACAAAUAUUAAAAUGCAUCAAAUCAUUUACCCAUUGCUCUUCUGUUAA